AUGUUAAUGUGGCCUCAAGCGAGCAAAAAGUGCAUCAUCAUCAUCAUCAUCAUUAUUUGCGUAGACAACAAUAACGAGAAGCAUGCAGGAGAAGAAGCGGAGGAGAAAAAGAGAACGAACGGCAGGUUUUAUGAAAUGAGAGAAAAAACGAUACAAAUACGUUAUGAGAGCGCGCGCCAUGGAGCAGCAGUUGUUGUGGUGGGGGAAGCGGCGGCCGUGACGGAGGUGAGCACGUGCGAGUGGAAGCGGUUCAGUCCGACGGUGCGAGUUCCGGUCGGUUUGGUGGCCAAAGCCGGACAGGUGCCCCCUCGAAAUGGGGGAACCACCGCCGAGGAGAAAGCCUCCAUACCGACGACUACGUGGAAAAUUUGCGAAAAGGCUUUUGACUUAAGGGUUUUGACUCAAGAAUUGAAGCCAAAUGAUCAUUUGCGUCGAAAUUUUGCGAACUGCUCUCUUCAGCAGUUGGAAGACUUUAAACGAAACAAUGAACAGUGCUUCCAAGUGGUCCAACGUCCGUGGAUUAUUGGGGUGGACUAG